UCUUUAUCUGUAAAAUUAUCCUUAAGCUAAAAAAACCCAAACGAAGAAUCUCUCCAUAACCAAAGCUUUCCUCGCUCCUACCACCAACAAUGGCGUUACCUCCAUCUCCCUCUACGUUCACUCCACUCCUCAAUUCCUCUGAUCAUUCUCCAUCUCCGUCUCUCCAUAAUCUUCUUCCUGGAUCUUCUCCUUCCUUCUCUCUCCACUUAUCUGCCCUGAGUAGAAGAACUCCGAUCUACUUCGAAGCACUCAAAGCUUUAUCAUCAUCAUCGAGAUCGAAAUGUUUAGCGAAAUCCUCAACAACCGCCGCCGAGGAUUUCGUCGGCGAUUACGAAUCCCUAAACGUUAGCGAUGACGAUGGUAGUGACAGUGACGGAGGAGAUAACGGAGGAAACGAUGAUUCAAAGAAGAUCAAUUCUUCUUCUUCUUCUUCAAGUGAUUCUACGUCUCUGGGAAUUCGUGAACCCGUUUAUGAGGUUGUUGAAGUGAAGGCGACUGGAGUUAUAUCUACAAGGAAGAUUAACAGAAGACAGCUUCUUAAAUCCAGUGGUCUGCGUCCAAGAGAUAUACGAAGCGUUGAUCCUUCAUUGUUUAUGACUAACUCAGUGCCAUCUCUCUUGGUUCGUGAACAUGCGAUUCUGCUCAAUUUGGGCUCUCUGCGAGCAAUAGCAAUGCGAGACCGUGUCCUUAUAUUUGAUUAUAACCGGAGAGGAGGAAGGGCUUUUGUAGAUACAUUGAUGCCUCGUCUUAACCCAAGAAGUAUGAAUGGAGGGCCCUCUAUGCCAUUUGAACUCGAGGCUGUUGAAUCGGCGCUUAUCUCAAGGAUACAACGAUUAGAGCAAAGGCUUAUGGACAUUGAACCCCGUGUCCAAGCUCUUCUUGAGGUUUUGCCCAACCGCUUAACUGCUGAUAUAUUGGAGGAACUUCGUAUUAGUAAACAAAGACUGGUUGAAUUAGGCUCCAGAGCUGGAGCUCUUAGACAAAUGCUCCUGGAUCUUUUAGAGGAUCCCCAUGAAAUACGCCGCAUAUGCAUCAUGGGAAGAAACUGCACACUUAGAAGAGGAGACGAUGAUUUGGAGUGUACGUUACCCUCAGAGAAGCUGAUUGCUGAGGAAGAAGAGGAGGAAAUAGAAAUGCUCUUGGAGAACUAUCUGCAGAGAUGUGAGUCAUGCCAUGGACAAGCAGAAAGACUUCUGGAUUCUGCAAAGGAAAUGGAAGACUCAAUUGCUGUCAAUCUAAGUUCUCGGAGGCUUGAGGUCAGCAGAUUUGAGCUGCUUCUUCAGGUCGGUACAUUUUGUGUUGCAGUUGGUGCUCUGAUCGCAGGUAUAUUCGGCAUGAACUUGAGGUCCUAUCUUGAGGAACAAGCUUCUGCAUUCUGGCUAACAACGGGUGGAAUCAUCAUAGGCGCUGCAGUCGCCUUCUUCCUCAUGUAUUCGUAUCUCAGUAGACGCAAAAUAUUUUGAACCUUCAAUCCUAAAAGACAAAAGAAGUGGUGAAAAUCCGUGAAGAAAGAAAAUUUCAUCACACAUUUACAUUGUGGCAUUAGGCCCCUUCUAGGUGUUAGAGCGGAAGUAAGUUCAUAAAAAGUUUGAUAUAUAUUUAUUGUGUGGUCUCCAUUGAACACCCCUGUACUUGUGUGUUAUGUCCUCAUUGCUUAUGCUCUGCACUAUUGGUUACUGUUAAAUCAGCUUAUCAUUUAAUAAGCUUGUAUUAAAUGCAAAUGAAUUUUCAAA